CGAGUCAUCAGAUUAUUACUAGGAUUCUCUUCAAAUACACUUUUACUUUGCCUCCUUGUACCUUUCGCUUACUUGUUGAGUUGCUGUGACUUGUUGGCUGCAUCUUCUUUGAUAUUAGGCACACUCACUUCCCAGUGGUCGGUGAUAUAAUUGCUUGAUUAAGAAGCUCAUAGAGUGUGUUGAAAGUGGCACUCAACAUGUAAUGCUUUGAAUUAAGAUCUACAUAUAUAAUUAGAUACGGGUUCCAAGAGAUUGGCACAGGUGUAUUCAUUUGAAGCAAACCAUUCCAUAAGUUUAUAGGCCGAAAUCAAGCUGUCCAACAAAACGUCAGGUUCAACCCAAGAGUCAUGUUAUUCUCCACACUUAUCACUUCUUCUAUGGCGGUCCUCGCAUUAGCAAGCCCGUUAAGACCCCGCUCUGUAAAUGAUAUUGCUGUCGAUGAAGCCUCACCUGCCCCUCUGAUUGAAUGGGCAGACACAAAAAGAAUCGCAAGGACCAUUGCCGACGAAGAAGAAGCUUCACUUGCUCCAAUAAUCGAGUGGGCAGAUACAAAGAAGACCGCAAGAACUGUCUCCAACGAGGAAGAAACAGCACCUACACCCCUCAUUGAAUGGGCAAUCUCUAGCAAGGCUUAGAUGUCAGCCAAUCUUGGCUUCGUUUAGUCCCUCGAGCUAAUGCCUUCAACUGGUCGUUAUAUUACCUACAUGGCAUAGAUACUAAUAGGGGUUUGCGUGUAGAUUCUUCUGCCAUCCUUUGCUCGUGCGCAACAAUGCCAUUGAAGCGCAUGCGGUUUCGAGGUUGAUUUUGCCGUUUGGCUAGCUAUCGGGAAAUAGGAUAGAUGUUGUCAGUCAGGACUCAGAAGGGUUUUCAUUAAUGCAAGGUCUAUAACAUACACUUUUUCAAAGAAGUUGGCAAUUAUCUACUUCUGCUUUUCAAGCAUGUAAGGCUCAAGAAUGCAAACUGUGAUGCUUUCACUAGUCCUUGUGUCAUCGUCCACUACUUUGUUAGACUCCGUAGUUGCUUAGGCUGCGCAAUAGUAUGUGCAAAGCGAAUCAUGGCUUUGGUGAAUAGCACCCCUCUUCGACU